AUGAACUGGCCCCAUUCCUGCAUCUCCUUUUGCUGGAUUUGCUUUGCUGCCUCCAGACUGAGAGUUGUAGGAGCAGCGGAGGGGAAAUACGCUCAGAAGUUAUUUAACGAGCUUUUUGAAGAUUAUUCCAAUGCUCUGCGUCCAGUAGAAGACACAGACGAGGUCCUGAAUGUCACACUGCAGAUCACACUUUCCCAGAUCAAGGACAUGGACGAGAGAAACCAAAUUCUGACCGCCUACUUAUGGAUCCGCCAAACCUGGCAUGACGCCUACCUCACGUGGGAUCGAGACCAGUACGACGGCCUGGACUCCAUCAGGAUCCCCAGCGACCUAGUGUGGAGGCCGGACAUUGUCCUGUACAACAAGGCCGACGAUGAAUCUUCUGAGCCUGUGAAUACCAAUGUGGUCCUGCAGUACGAUGGGCUGAUCACCUGGGACGCACCAGCCAUCACCAAAAGCUCCUGUGUGGUGGACGUCACCUACUUCCCCUUCGAUAACCAGCAGUGCAACCUGACCUUUGGCUCCUGGACCUACAAUGGCAACCAGGUGGACAUAUUCAACGCCCUGGACAGCGGAGACCUCUCCGACUUCAUUGAGGACGUGGAGUGGGAGGUCCACGGCAUGCCCGCGGUGAAGAACGUGAUCUCCUACGGCUGCUGCUCUGAGCCUUACCCCGACGUGACCUUCACUCUCCUUCUGAAGAGGAGAUCCGCCUUCUAUAUCGUCAACCUCCUCAUCCCCUGCGUCCUCAUAUCUUUUCUGGCUCCCUUGAGUUUUUAUCUCCCAGCAGCCUCUGGGGAAAAGGUCUCCCUGGGCGUGACCAUCCUGUUGGCCAUGACUGUAUUUCAGCUCAUGGUGGCAGAGAUCAUGCCGGCCUCAGAAAACGUCCCUCUGAUAGGCAAAUACUACAUAGCCACGAUGGCCUUGAUCACAGCCUCCACUGCCUUGACCAUUAUGGUGAUGAAUAUCCACUUCUGUGGGGCCGAGGCCCGGCCAGUGCCACACUGGGCCAGGGUGGUUAUACUGAAAUACAUGUCCAGGAUCCUGUUCGUCUAUGAUGUGGGUGAGAGUUGCCUUAGUCCCCGCCACAACAGUGAGCGAGGCCGCCUCACAAAGAUUUAUGGCAAACUUCCAGAGGCUAAUCUGAAAACAGCCAGGAACAAAGACCUUCCCAGAAAGAAAGAAGUGAACAAACUCUUAAAGAAUGACUUGGGGUACCAAGGUGAGACCCCUCAGGAUGCUGACAAUUACUGUGCACGGUACCAAGUGCUGACGAGGAAUAUCCAAUACAUUGCCAAGUGCCUCAAAGACCACAAGGCCACCAAUUCCAAGGGGAGUGAAUGGAAGAAGGUUGCGAAAGUCAUAGAUCGAUUCUUCAUGUGGGUUUUUUUCAUUAUGGUGUUUGUGAUGACAGUUUUGAUCAUAGCAAGAGCAGAUUAA